CCGUCAGCCUUCGCCUCGCCGAGCCCCGCGGCCGCUCCGUCCCGGCUCGCCUUCUGCCCAUGGGGAGGCCGGAGCCCGCUGACGCGCCCUUGCCCGGCGGCGGCGCCUGACCCUGUCCAUGGAUACCAGCCCUCCGACGCCGGACCCCGGGGGCCCACGCAGGGACUUCUCUGCCUUGACCCCUGAACAGGGACCUCCGUCCUUCGAAUGGCUGCUGGGGCGGCUGGGGGCGGGGGGGCGGCGCCAGCGCCUCCUGCUGGCCCUGAGCUGCUUGCCCUGCCUCCUCUUGGGACUGGGGCUGGGGUCGGAUGCCUUGUUCACUUUGACGCCCUCCCUCCACUGUCGAGAGCCCAACAGCACCAGGCUACCCCUGAAUGACACCGAUAUUUGCCAUGACCUACGCUGCCAAGACUGGGACUACGGGGGACUCCCGGCCCUCACCAGCAGCCCAGUUACAGAGUGGUCCCUGGUUUGUUUCCGAGGCUGGGCCGUCCCGCUGGAGCAGCUCUGUUUUCUGCUGGGCUUCGCUGCCGGGGCCCUGGUGCUUGGCCACCUGGCAGACAGCGUGGGACGGCGUGGGACUCUUCUCCUGGCGCUUGCUCUGGGCUGCCCAGCUGGGAUCUUGGCUGCGUUUGCCGCUUCUCCCUCCGUCUUCAUGCUGGGCCGUUGCCUCUGGGGGGCGCUCUUGGGUGGCAUGCAGCUUGCCCUGUACCUUAGCCGUUUGGAGCUCUGCUGUCCUCCACAGCGCUUGCCCGUCGCCAUGGCGGGGGACCUGCUCCUGGUUGGAGGCCAUUUCUUGCUCCUGGGGUUAGCCUUGGCUUGCGGCAGUUGGCGAGUUUUACAGGGAGUGAUGGCGGCAGGGCUGGGCCUUUGCCUGCUGUACGGCUGCCCUGGAUUUUUUCCCGAAUCGCCCCGUUGGCUCUUGGCCACUCGCCGAACUGCUCAGGCCCGUGAGAUUUUGGUCGCUCUGGCUCAGGGCAGCAGUGCCCAGGAAUCUGAGGCUCAAGAAGCUCUGGAAGAACUUGACAACGCCUGUCACCUCCCUGCUGCAGCCCAGAUCUCACUCCGUGCCCUGCUGGGCUGCCGAAACAUCUGGAAAAAUAUUCUCAUUCUUGGUUUCACUACGUUCAUAGCUCAUGCCAUUCGCCACUGUUACAAAAUGGCCUGGGGAUCUCUGCAGGGUCCACGCGCUGAGUUCUACCUCUCGUAUCUGUUGUCGACUGGCAGCGCGGGCCUGGCCUGCCUCUUCCUGUGCUUGACUGUUGACCGGUACGGCCGUCGUGGGAUCUUGCUGCUCACGACCACGUUGACGGGCAUCGCUUCCCUUAUCUUGCUGGGCCUGGAAGAGUAUCUCAACCAUGCCGCAGUGGUAACGUUCUCCAUCCUUGGCCUAUUCUCCUCCCAUGCUGCAGGGUCUCUCAGUAUCUUCUUUGCCUCUGAAGUUAUCCCCACCAUUAUUAGGGGGAAGGGCCUUGGCGUAAUCCUAUCAUUGGCGUCACUAGGUGGCCUCAGUGCCCCUCUGUUGUGGUGGCGAGAACAGCACGGCUCAUUCCUUCAGCACAUUGUGUUGGCAUCGUUCAACAUCUUGGCCCUCCUUUGCCUGAUGCUGCUACCGGAGAGCAAGCGCAAGGCCUUGCCUGAAAGCUUACGGGAUGGAGAACUUUACCGGAGACCUUCGCUGCUCCGCCGGGCCGGGGGAUGCGAAAGUCGGGGGACCGAGGAGGCAACUCGCCGUGAUGACGUGCCCCUGCUCUCUACACCAAACCCUGCUAGUUGAUGUACCCACCAUGCCUUCUAUGUGCCAGGGCCAACGUUGAGUGGCUAUUCCAUAUCUAGAUUUUGGGCCUAGCGUGAGAGUUCUCAGCCAGGCCUCAACUGAGCCAGUUUAGGGGCUGGCAAGCAAGGCUAAAGAAAGGGCAGCUGGAGCGAGCCCCCCUUCCGUUUUCUGUUUCUGGUGUUGCAUAUGCGACAGUGUAGUGCCAAAAUCUCUCCUGUGAGAGGUUUUUCGCUUGCAGAUGCCACUUUCACAUCCCACCAAUGUCAGAAAAAGAAGGGAGGGCUGGGAACUUAGGUUUCCUCUGUAAACAUACUAACGGCCUUUUCCUGCCAGUCUAAGUUCUGGUGCCAGAGAUUUAACUGCUCACCUUUAUAUUUGGUGUUGAGGGCUAGGCCUGCAUCAACAAUAUGGUUCCAGCUCCUGCAGUGUGGAGGGCAGGGAGAACACCCCUCAGCCCCCUUUUUCAGUGUGAAACGUUUUCUCAUUCCAUAACCAAGAUCUUUUUUCCUAGUUCCCCACACCCUCCAUAUGAACAGAUGCCUGAUUCUCCAUUUUAACAGCUCUUUGAGAGGCAGAAAUUGAACAGGUGAGCCCUUGCUUCACUGAAUUUCUGCCUGUCCAAGAUCUGAAAGACACGGAAGUCCUGUCACAAAAAAAUGUUGAUUCCCUCUUUGGGGUCAUCGGAACAAAAACUGCAGCCCGUCCAUUGAUUUUCCUACAGCCACCUGGCUAUUAGUCGUGCUCACCAACCCAUCUUGGGGCACGUGGCGUUUUAUAAAAGAACAUUGUGCUGCACACCAGGCCCUAGGUUGUUGUCCCUGGUAGACGCGUAACUUUUUAGAGAUAGCCUGACCCCUGAGAUGGCUGACCAUCAACUUGGACUGAGUUGGUUUUGUUCCCAUUUUACAGAGCAGGAAACCGAGGCAGAGAGAGAGAAAGGGAGACGGUGUUCCGUUAGUUCAACCCAGGGUCAAGCUUUCAAGCUAUGCACUACAUUAUGUUUACUAAGGAUCACUUUUAUAGCAAUUUUCUGCGUGCCAAGGGCUUUUCACGUCUUUGUGUUCCCUCCACAGAGGGUCUCUUGAGACUAAUGAUUUCUGAACUGGGCUAAACAAGGGCUCAGGCAGAUAACACGGGACUGCCUUAAAGUGCUUUUGUCUUCUGAAUUCUCUGUGGUCCACUGAAAAUUUGGUUUAUGUGCCCCCACCCCCCAAGACAUGUCAAUCCCAUGAUUAUCUGUUGCUCCACCUGGCCACUUAGCCAAAACCAUCCAUCUCCUCUUACAGUUGUACAGCUGGCAGAAAGUAUGCAAGUAUGUAUUUCCUCAGCCUCAGGCUGUGAAAAGCUGAUUCCUGUUGAAUUUCUGACACUGCAGUUAAAGGCCCUGGGAAAGCAGCAGCCCUUUUCAGAACACUGGGGAGGAGGGAAUGCCCCCCCAUUUUAACAGGCAUACAAUAAAUAUACAAUAAAUGUUAUGCCACACACAGAUGGUGCCCCAAGAGAAUGCCCUGGUGGCAUGGUUGCAGGUCAGUCCCACCAGCUUAAAUCGCUCCUUCCCAACUUCAUCAGGGACUUCUUCAUAUUUUUAUGUCACCAAAUGGAGACCGUCCCCACAAAGCAAGAAGAAGACUACAGCAACGGACUCCACCGCACCCCAGGACCCUUCCAAACGCAAUCCUCCCCCCCACCUCUGGCUGCUUUUGACUUUAAAGGGAAACAUUACAAACUGUUACAAUGGAAAAUAUAGAUUAAAAGGAAAACUUCUCAAGAACUUUGAUUUCCCACCAGAACGUUUUACUAUUCUUGACCUCCCACACU